AUGGCUGACGGGGACGACGGCUGCCGGCCCGAGCAGGAGCCGGGGCCGGAGCCGGGAGAAGAGUUUGAGAUCGUGGACCGGAGCCAGGUGCCGGGUCCCGGCGAACUGCGGAGGGCGGCGAAGUCGCGGGCGGCGACGGAAGGCUGGUCCGCACCCAUCCUGACCCUGGCGCGGAAGGCCACAGGAACCUUGUCGGCCAGCUGCGGGAGCGCGCUGCGCGCGGCCGCGGGCCUGGGCGGCGCGGAAGGCGGCGCGGACGACGCGGCGCGCGCAGUUUCCAAGUGCCAGAUGAUGGAGGAGCGCGUCAACCUGAUGCACAUGAUGAAACUCAGCAUCAAGGUCUUGCUACAGUCUGCCCUGAGCCUGGGCCGCAGCCUGGAUGCAGACCAUGCCCCCCUGCAGCAGUUCUUUGUAGUGAUGGAGCAUUGCCUCAAACAUGGGCUGAGAGUUAAGAAGAGUUUUAUUGGCCAAAAUAAAUCUUUCUUUGGUCCUUUGGAGCUGGUGGAGAAACUUUGUCCAGAAGCAUCAGAUAUAGCCACUAGUGUCAGAAAUCUACCAGAAUUAAAGACAGCUGUGGGAAGGGGCAGAGCUUGGCUUUAUCUUGCACUCAUGCAGAAGAAACUGGCAGAUUAUCUGAAAGUGCUUGUAGACAAUAAAAAUCUCUUGAGUGAGUUCUAUGAGCCUGAGGCGUUGAUGAUGGAGGAAGAAGGGACAGUGAUUGUUGGUCUGCUGGUGGGACUCAAUGUGCUGGAUGCCAACCUCUGCUUAAAAGGAGAAGACUUGGAUUCUCAGGUUGGAGUGAUCGAUUUUUCUCUCUACAUUAAAGAUGUGCAGGAUCUAGAUGGCGGCAAAGAGCAUGAAAGAAUCACAGAUGUCCUUGAUCAAAAAAAUUAUGUGGAAGAACUUAACCGGCACUUAAGCUGCACAGUUGGGGAUCUUCAAACCAAGAUAGAUGGCUUGGAAAAGACUAACUCAAAGCUUCAAGAAGAGCUUUCAGCUGCAACAGACCGAAUUUGUUCACUCCAAGAAGAACAGCAACAAUUAAGAGAACAAAAUGAAUUAAUUCGUGAGAAAAGCGAAAAAAGCGUAGAGAUAACAAAACAAGAUACAAAAAUUGAACUGGAGACUUACAAGCAGACUCGGCAAGGUCUGGAUGAAAUGUACAAUGAUGUGUGGAAGCAGCUGAAGGAGGAGAGGAAAGCCCGUUUGGAAUUAGAAAAAGAACUGGAGUUACAAAUUGGAAUGAAAACCGAAAUGGAAAUUGCAAUGAAGCUACUAGAAAAGGACACCCAUGAGAAGCAGGACACUCUGGUCGCCCUGCGCCAGCAGCUGGAGGAAGUCAAAGCCAUUAAUUUACAGAUGUUUCACAAAGUCCAGAAUGCAGAGAGCAGUUUACAACAGAAGAAUGAAGCCAUUACAUCUUUUGAAGAAAAAACCAAUCAAGUCAUGUCCAGCAUGAAACAAAUAGAAGAAAGGUUACAGCUCUCAGAGAGGGCGAGGCAGGGGGCCGAGGAGCGGAGCCGCAAGCUGCAUCAGGAGCUCGGCGGGAGGAGCAGCGCCCUGCAGCAGCAGCUUGCCCAGCUGCACGAGCAGUGUGCAAGUCUAGAGAAAGAGCUGAAAUCAGAAAAAGAACAAAGACAAGCUCUUCAGCGAGAGUUACAGCGUGAGAAAGACACUUCCUCUUUGCUCCGAGCAGAGCUACAACAAGUAGAAGGAUUAAAAAAGGAGCUGCGGGAGCUCCAGGACGAGAAGGCAGAGUUACAGAAGAUCUGUGAUGAGCAGGAACAAGCCCUCCAGGAAAUGGGUCUGCACCUCAGCCAGUCAAAGCUGAAGAUGGAAGACAUCAAAGAAGUAAAUAAGGCACUGAAGGGCCAUACUUGGCUGAAAGAUGAUGAAGCAACACACUGUAAGCAGUGUGAAAAGGAAUUCUCCAUUUCCCGUAGAAAGCACCACUGCCGGAACUGUGGCCACAUCUUCUGCAACACGUGCUCCAGUAAUGAGCUGGCCCUGCCCUCCUACCCCAGACCAGUCCGGGUGUGUGACAGCUGCCACACCCUGCUCCUGCAGCGGUGCUCCUCCUCCACCAGCUCCUAA